AUGCGCCUUCAUUCGCAGAUUGCCGCGGUCAUAGUGUUCGUUGGUUUGUACGCAUUCGGCGCCUCAGCCUCCGCUACUUUGAAAGUCUACUAUGACCCGCUUACGGGUAACGUAUCGCUCGAUACCGCCGAGACUCGCACAGGUGGCAUCCACACCUACGGCUUUGGGCUGAAUCCCCAUCAAACCGACAUUCGGUUCAAUAGCGAAAAUCAAGUUCGCCUUUCGAACUCGACGCUCUACACGACUGAAUCGCUGGUUCUAUCGGACGCUUCGCUAUCCACGGACAUCCGCGGACUGGUGACCAUAGGCAACGUGCUGCCAACCGGAAUUGGCUCUGAGACUUGGCAAGACCUCUUCAGUGUGAAGAGGACGACCUUUAGCCUCGGCGAUAUCGCCUUGGGCGGCGUUACUUAUGUAGAUGCCAUCGGAACGGGAACCCCGGCGCUCGCACCCGAGUUUAUCUACGGGCACCCCGGCCGUGAGUUCGAUAACCGCUGGGACCUCUUCGACCCCGAUAUGGUGCAGUGGGCAUCUGCUGCAAAGCUGGUUUAUCGUCCCUGGAGCGGAGAGGUCGUGCUAGAUACGACUGGUCCCAGCGGCGGCUAUAUCGCGAGCUUUCUGCUCCGUUCUUCUGCAGGCCUCUUCGACCCGGAGGAGUACACGACACCCACCGACGGCCUCUCUCUGCCCAACGCGUCGUCAAUCGGCCUCAUCGCGGACGCCAUCUAUCCCGGUCGCUAUAGCCUGGGCGACAUACUCCCGACGAACCUCUCUGAACCUGAAUUGCUGUCGACGUUUACCGAAGCUAUUUUCAUCGCACGUGCGGGGUUCAAGCGGGGAAGCUUCGACUUCGAAUCCGAUGGCUUACCGUUUCAUUUUGUUGUCGCGUCAAUUCCUGAGCCUACGAGCGCUGCUCUCCUGACGAUUGUCGUAUUGGGAGCCGCCACGGCAGGCGCCGCGACAGUCGUCAUACCCGAUUCGGUUGACUUCUACACGGAUGGACAAGCCCAGAUCGGUAGCCAUCAAUUAGCGGUCUAUCAAGAAUCUACCCUGAACGACCAUACCUCCUUCUUCUUCGACAGCGAGUUCGAUCCACUUACUUCAAUUCCUGUUCUCAAGAAUCUCGGCGUCAACCUCGACGAAGGGUCUGAUUGGUAUCUCGUUCGCAAAGGGGAUUCUUUUACGCCUCAAGCCAUUGCGAGCGGCACUUUUCUUCGGCUAGUAGGGCCGGGCCCCACUUCUAUCACAAGCGCCACCAUUGAUCCGAGUUACUGGUCCAACUGGCCUAUCCCCGGAGUUGACCCUUUUCCACUCCAGAACUGGCAAACCAGCUUCUAUCUCGGCUUUGCAACUUCUCUGGGCUUCGAGGACUUCCCAGAACGCGAUAUCUACGGCUGGGUAGAGUUACAGUUUUACCCCUAUCCCUUUCCGUCAUUGCCGCCCAACCGACUGCGAUUGCUUGGCAGCGCCACCGCCUUCGACUCAGGCGGGAUCGUCAUCGGCUCUCUGCAAGCAGUUCCCGAACCAUCGUCUCUGCUGAUUGCCGCGAUGGGACUGCUGGCCUGCGGUUGCCGGCGAUUGUUCCACGGAACGACGAUGAGCCGACGAUGGCAUGGGGCUGAGAUGGUGGGUAGGAUGAUGGCGGCAGAAUCUCUCAUCCCUCGGAACGCACCGAUGCGCCUGGCCAUCCUAUCGAUUGCAAUCGUCCUUGCCGGGCAGGCGUAUGCGGCGCCGGUUGUGACAGCCGACACCGUUGAGUUGAAUUUUGAUACUUUCCCCGUACGUGAUGUUCAACUCACCGUAAAGCAAACACUAGCGGGCGACUUUACUUCGUUUUGGUUCGAUCUUGAUGUGCAGACACAUCCCGGGACCUACGAUAUCGCGUUAAGCAACUUCACCGUCAAUCUCGACGAAGGGUCCGAUUGGUAUCUUGUCAGGGAAGGAGAUAUCUUCACCAAUGCAGCGAUUGACGAUUGGGCGUUCGUUGGGCUUGGUGGGGCUACUCAGCUGAUUGACUUCAGCUACCACUCUGGAUCGUCACUCUCAAGCCCCAGCUUCUACUUGGCCUUUGCGACUUCGGAGCCGGGCACUUUCCUUCCUCGCAAUGUGUUCGGCUGGGUGCAUCUGCGGAUGCCAACAAUUUCCACCGGACCAUCGCCUUUCUUUCCUCCUCUAACGGUAGAGAUAUUGGAAAGCGCUACGGCAUACGGCUCGUCCGGCGUCAUCGUCGGCUCGCUGCAAGCAGUUCCGGAACCAUCGUCUCUGCUGGUCGGCGCUAUGGGACUGCUAGGCUGCGGUUGCUGGCGUCGGGCGGCGUAG